UUUCUACCAGUCCAUCUUGUUGCUGGUUUCGAUGUUUACCUGUCCGAUAAUCCGGAUCUGCCAGACUCCCAGUGGACUUAUUUUCGACUAAACGCGCCUGAUACAUCUGAACGUGAUCAGUCCGGCAGCACUGGAGCGGUACAGUCACUUUCAUUACAAGACUUACUGCCUGGUCACACUUAUUACGUGCGAAUCAACGUGCGUAAAAGGGAUGGCGAAGUGGUACGAGCAUCCAGCAUUUACAGGUUUAAAACGAUGGAGCGUACGGAAUUACUGGAACGUCGUGAAGCGAAUACAUUAUCCUAUCGCUUGUUGGCGCCGGGUCGCGUUCAAAUCAUGUGGACUUAUCCAAGUUCAAUUGCGCCAUCUGUCACUGGCACAACAUUGGUUUACGCAGAAGAUCGUGAUUUACCGCUGGAGCGAUGGGAGCGAGUUGAUUUGGUUGAUCCACAGCAGAUUUGA